UCUAGGAAGAUAGUAAACAGCCAUUUUCUAUGUACCUCCCUCUUCAUCCUCCUCCAGCCCUCUCCGACCUGCACAAUGAAAAUUUCAGGCACAACAAUGAUGAUAAUGAGUGUGUGAAUCCCCAUAAAUUCUUCAUUCUAAACAAUGGCUUCCCUUUCUUGUGCUUCUACCUAUUUCAGCCGCCCAAGACCUUUUGUUUCUCUACGUUCUUCUUCUCUUCUUUUGCCCUUUUCUUCUGUAUCAUCGGGAAGCAGACUGCCUGGUUUUCGAGCUUCCUCGGCCACUGCCAACGAAGGAUCGGUGGAGCCGGCCUUGCUGAGGAGGCCGGUAGUGGAUGGUCCUACAAAGGAAGGGAAUGAUGAGAAGGAAGAGAGGGAGGAGGAGGAAGAGUGGGUGGACUGGGAGGAUCAAAUCCUGGAGGAUACUGUCCCUCUUGUUGGCUUCGUUAGGAUGAUCCUCCAUUCUGGGAAGUAUGAAAGUGGUGACAAGCUUAGUCCAGAGCAUGAGAAAGCAAUUUUGGAGAGGUUGCUUCCUUAUCAUCCAGAAUGUGACAAGAAAAUAGGACGUGGAAUAGAUUUCAUCACGGUAGGGCUUCAUCCAGAAUAUGAUAAUUCGCGAUGUUUAUUCAUUGUUCGGAAGGAUGGGGUGUUGGUUGACUUCUCCUAUUGGAAGUGCAUAAAAGGUCUGAUCAGGAAGAAAUACCCUCUUUAUGCAGAUACUUUCAUUCUGAGACACUUCAGAAGGAGGAGGCAUAUGGAACAUUAAUAUAAUUUAAGGUUCUUUUUGUUGAUGUAUAAUUGCCUGUGGUUUCUGAAUGGUUCUCAAUUAAGGAUUUCUGAGUUGGUUGUAUAAUUAUUUGUAGUUUCAAAAUACUUUUUUGAUUAAGAUUGUGCAUCAUGUUGUCUAUAACAAUAUUCAUUUUCUA